CACCCCUUCGCGCGGACAACGGAGAAGCGAGGAACGCACAGCCGAUGAGGCCUCUGCGCGCCGUCGCUCUGCUCCUCGUCGCGGCGGCAGCAGCCGCGGCCGCCGCGACGCCGUGGGCGGGGAGCGGCCAGGAGUCCGGCUCCAUCAGCAAAGACGACUUCCCUGGGGACUUCAGCUUCGGGGCUAGCACAUCAGCUUAUCAGUGGGAAGGCGCGGCGGCGGAGGACGGCCGGACCCCCAGCGUGUGGGACACCUUCGCUCACGCUCACGCCCACGCCCACGCCGGAUCGGGGCCAUGGUGGAAAUCGAAAGAAGUGGACCAUGUGGACUAUGCCUCAUUGCUUAUAAGUUCUGCAAUACAGGUGAUGACUCUGUAAAUGGUGAUGUGGCAGCUGACGGCUACCAUAAGUACAAGGAGGAUAUCAAAUUAAUGAAGGAGACCGGACUGGAUUCUUAUAGAUUCUCUAUCUCUUGGUCAAGGCUUAUUCCUAAAGGAAGAGGAGAAAUCAAUCCAAAAGGAGUAGGAUACUACAAUAAUCUCAUCAAUGAACUACUUGAUCAUGGAAUUCAACCACAUGCAACGAUUUUCCAGUAUGAUCUUCCUCAAAUCCUUGAAGAUGAAUAUGGUGGAUGGUUGAGUCCCCAAAUAAUUGGUGAUUUCACAGCAUACGCAGAUGUGUGCUUUAGGGAAUUUGGGGAUAGAGUUACCAAUUGGACUACUCUAAAUGAACCUAACGCUUUAGUUUCGGUUGGCUAUGAUGCUGGUAUUGGGCCACCGGGGAGAUGUUCUAAACCAUUUGGAUUUGCUGACUGUUCCUGUGGGGACUCUGUAAACGAGCCAUACGUUGUAGCUCAUAAUUGCUUAUUGGCUCAUACCUCAGCUGUGUCACUAUACAGAAGAAAGUAUCAGACAAAGCAACACGGACUUAUUGGCAUGAAUAUAUGUAUAAAUAACAUAGUACCUUAUACAAAUUCAACGGAAGAUAUAGCUGCAGCGAAAAGAGCACAAGCCUUCUACACAGGCUGGUUCUUGGAUCCUCUCUAUUAUGGAGACUACCCACUUGUGAUGAAGGAGAAUACUGGCUCCAAGUUGCCAAAAUUUUCUCAAAGCCAGUCUAAACAACUAAUCAAUUCUAUGGACUUUCUUGGCAUCAAUUACUACACAUUUUUGUACGUGAAGGAUGACCCGCAUCAUGCUCCUAGCAACAAAAGGAAUUUCAGGGCUGAUAUGGCUGCUAAAUCAAUAUUUUCAAGCAAUUCUACCAGUGGAUUCUAUGUGCCAGGUUAUGGGAUACAGCAAGUGCUUGAACAUUUGAAGCAAUUUUAUGGUAAUCCUCCAAUCUAUAUCCAUGAGAAUGGAUAUCCAAUGCAUCAAGAUGUAGUAUUUGAUGAUGGCCCUAGGGUGGAAUUCUUGAGUGAACAUCUUAAGAACCUUCUCACUGCUGUCAGAUCCGUUAUUGGUCACCCAGAAACUGUCAAAAUGAUGCUCAGUAGAUUCACCAAGAGCCUUUGUAUAAAAGGGAAUGGUUCGAAUACUAGGGGCUACUUUGCCUGGUCGCUGAUGGAUUUAUAUGAACUACUUAGUGUCGGGGACACGUAUGGACUCUAUUACGUGGAUUUUGCUGAUGAUGAUCUCAAGAGGUAUCCAAGGAGCUCUGCGAUUUGGUACAAGGAUUUUCUCAAGGGGAGGCACACGGAGACGGGGAGAUUCUCCGAUCACUAGCUCGGGUAGACUGCGCUAGGUGUUUUCCGUAGGUUAAACUGUUCCGUCCCCCCACGUUAUUCCAAACACAUGAAAGUGGCCGAUGCGGAGUGAGACGGAAGACUAUAAUUUUAUACCAGGUUACUACUGUAGAUGUUUCCUAUCUACAGCAUCUCAUCUUUAGCGCACAAAUAUGUCAUUGCGCAGGCUACUCGACAUCAUACGAUGCUUCUUCUUUUUUAAGCCAAGACCGUAGAACAAUUGUUCUACGGUAAUUUUUCAUUAUAUAAAUAUGUACAAUUACAGGAAAAAAUAAAUAAAGACUCGUUCAACCAA